AUGCUGCUCUUGCUCUCCCCGCUCUUCGCGGUGGCCGCUCUGGCCCUGCGAGUUGCCCCCGGCUCUCCCUGCGAGAGAUCAUGCGGGUCCGGCUUCAGCAACACCACCGGCGACGAUAUCGUCUGCCGCGAUCCCCAGUUCUUCGACUCGGAAGAGGGGAAUCGCUUUCGGGAGUGCGUCAACUGCGAACUGCGGAGCACCUAUUCCAUUUCCCGGACGUAUGAUACAGAUCUAAAAUGGGGUCUUUAUAAUCUCCGAUUUGCCUUCUCGAGCUGUAUCUAUGCUUUUCCAGUCGCUAAACAGUCGCUCUCCACCCCGUGCCAGGUGACAUGCGACUCGUUGCAGCAAUCUAUCAAAUAUGACCUUAUGAACCCCAAGCCCCAGUCCGCCUACGACUUCUGUGGAUUGGACAGCUUCUCCGACUCUUUUGUCACAAAAUGCGCCUUGUGCUAUUCGCUUACAGAGGAUGAGAAGUUCCUCGCGAACUUUAUCGAGGCCAUCAGGCAGGGUUGCCACUCCAAAGUGCCCCCAGGAAUGCCCUUCUUCAUCAAUCCCGAUCGUAUCUUUAAUACCACCCUCCUGCCGGCAAGCACCCAGUCUGUUAACCCGAUGGCUAAUACGCCAAAGGGGAAAAAGAACCUGGUCUUGAUAAUAGUCCUCCCAAUCGUCGGCUUCUUGCUAAUCAGCUUACUCACUUGUUUCUGUUGCUUUUUCUUUAUCCGACAUAGACGCCGCAAGACCAAGCGCAAGAGCCAGAUCGACAUCCAGAAUCGAUGGAACCACGACGCUGCCGUGAUGAGUCCCGUGGCUGGAGGGUUUGCACAGACUUGGGACCAACCUGUCCAGCAGCAGUACCCCGCUCAAACACCCCAAACACCUGGCUACCAUCCCGGCUUCCAAGCAACGUAUUACUCUCCAGAGCAGGAUGUCAAGUACCCUCCUGAGGCCUAUCAGAUGGGCCCUGUGUCGCAUUUCCCAAAUGACUCGAAAAAGGCAGACUUUGUAGCCCCCACUGUGCCCAUACUCUCCGCACCCCCUCCAGGGCGAAAAUCACUCUCAAAUCCUUAA